AGGAGUGACAGCUCAUCCUCAGCCCUCAAGACCUGAGGCGGCAGGCUGGGAGGGGAGGUAGCAGAGAGCUGGUCAGCUCCCAGCUGGAGGGAUGCAGGCAGGACCUCCCUCAGGCCGGUCUCUGCGUGGGCCGGCUGUUCCACAGUGCUGAGAGAGACUUGCUGGUCUGCAGGCUGCCCUCCUCUGCUGCCCCCACGGCUGUCCUCACAGCCGUGCCCUCCCUGCCAGGGGCUCCUACCUCUGGGACCUGACGCAGCAGCUGAGGCCCUCCUGCCCCCCCCUCCCACUCCCAGCUGUGGGAAGACAGAUCCUGGGGCAGAGUCCAGGGCAGCCCAAGGCUCCUCCACACAUGCCUGCUGAACCCUGAGUGCCCUGAGCCGCUGGAUGGGGAGGGCUGGAGCUGCCGCCAUGAUCCUGGGCCUGGCUGUGCUCUGGGCAGCAGCGCUGGGGAGUGCCACCCCCAGCCGCCCCCGGCUCCGACUCUCUUUCCCAGAGCUCCAGGCCCGGCACGGCCUCCGAACCUUCAGGUUGGAGAGGGCCUGCUGUUAUGAAGCUUUGCUGGUGGACGAGGAACGUGGACGCCUGUUUGUGGGUGCCGAAAACCACGUGACCUCUCUCAGCCUGGACAACAUCAGCAAGCGGGCCAAAAAGCUGGCCUGGCCGGCUCCGGUGGAAUGGCGUGAGGAGUGCAACUGGGCGGGGAAGGACAUUGGUACCGAGUGCAUGAACUUCGUGAAGCUGCUUCACGCCUACAAUCGCACGCACGUGCUGGCCUGCGGCACAGGGGCCUUCCACCCGACCUGUGCGUUUGUGGAGGUGGGCCAGCAGCUGGAGGAGCCCAGGCUCUCCAUAGACCUCCGAAAACUGGAGGACGGCAAGGGCAAGAGUCCUUAUGACCCCAGGCACCGGGCUGCCUCCGUGCUGGUGGGGGAAGAGCUGUACUCAGGGGUGGCCGCAGACCUCAUGGGCAGGGACUUUACCAUCUUCCGCAGCCUGGGGCAGCGUCCGAGUCUCCGAACAGAGCCACACGACUCCCGCUGGCUGAAUGAGCCCAAGUUCAUCAAAGUCUUUUGGAUCCCGGAGAAUGACAACCCAGAAGAUGACAAGAUCUACUUCUUUUUCCGGGAGUUGGCAGUGGAAUCCUCCCCAGCAUUGGGACGUCUGUCUGUGUCUCGAGUUGGCCAGAUCUGCCGGAAUGACGUGGGUGGCCAGCGCAGCCUGGUCAACAAGUGGACCACGUUCCUGAAGGCACGGCUGGUGUGCUCAGUGCCAGGCGUCGAGGGUGACACGCACUUUGACCAGCUCCAGGAUGUUUUCCUGCUGUCCUCGAGGGAUCGCUGGACACCGCUGCUCUAUGCUGUCUUCUCCACAUCCAGUGGCAUCUUCCAGAGCUCUGCAGUAUGUGUGUACAGCAUGAACGACGUUCGUCGGGCCUUCCUCGGACCCUUUGCACACAAGGAGGGACCCAUGCACCAGUGGGUGUCCUACCAGGGCCGUGUCCCCUACCCCCGGCCCGGUAUGUGCCCCAGCAAGACCUUUGGCACCUUCAGUUCCACCAAGGACUUUCCUGAUGAUGUCAUCCAGUUUGCCCGGAACCACCCCCUCAUGUAUAAUUCUGUCCUGCCCAUCGGGGGGCGCCCUCUCUUCCUACAAGUGGGCGCUGGGUACACUUUCACCCAGAUCACUGUAGACCGUGUGGCAGCUGCAGACGGACACUACGACGUCCUCUUCAUCGGCACAGACGUUGGCACAGUGCUGAAAGUGAUCUCAGUACCUAAGGGGGAGCUGCCUAACUCUGAGGGACUGCUUCUAGAAGAGCUGCAUGUGUUUGAGGACUCCGCUGCUGUUACCAGCAUGCAGAUCUCCUCCAAGAGGCACCAGCUGUACGUAGCCUCAAGGAGCGGGGUGGCCCAGAUCCCACUGCACCGCUGCGCUGCCCACGGCCGAGCCUGUGCUGAAUGCUGCCUGGCACGGGACCCCUACUGCGCCUGGGAUGGGGCCGCCUGCACCCGCUUCCAGCCCAGCUCCAAGAGGCGGUUCCGGAGGCAAGAUGUAAGGAAUGGGGACCCCAGCACGCUGUGUUCGGGAGACUCAGCCCCAGCUGUGCUGCCUGAAGGAAAGGUGUUUGGUGUGGAGGGCGGCAGCACCUUCCUGGAGUGUGAGCCCCGCUCGCUCCAGGCACGUGUGGAAUGGACCUUCCAGCCUGCUGGGGAGGCCGCAAGCACCAAGGUGCCGGCGGAGGAGCGCUGGGAGCGCACCCCGGGAGGGCUGCUGCUGCGCGGGCUGCGGCGCGGGGACGCGGGCGUGUACCUGUGCGCGGCGGUGGAGCACGGCUUCUCCCAGCCGCUGCGGCGCCUGGCGCUGCGGGUGCUGAGCGCGGCGCAGGCCGAGAGGCUGGCGAGGGCGGAGCUGUCGGCGCCCGCGGCGCCCCCCGGCCCCAAGCUCUGGUACCGGGACUUCCUGCAGCUGGUGGAGCCGGGCGGCGGCGCGAGUUCCCUGCGGAUGUGCCGCCCCCCGCCCGCGCCGCGCCCGCAGCCCCCGCAGCCCCCGCAGCUCCCGAGGAAGGGCCGCCAGCGGAGGACGCACGGCCUGGAGCCGCGAGCCGAGCGCGGGCCCCGCAGCGCGCACUGGUGACCCGGCCGCCCCGCGCAGAGCCCGUGCGGGUGGGAGACCGAGCUGGAGGCCGGGCCGGCAGGGACACGGCUGCGGCCGCGGCCGCUUAUUUAUUAACAGGAUAACCUUGAAUGGAGCUCCCCCGAGGGCGGCCCGGGGCGGGCACGGAUCGGCUGGACGCGGGCUCCGGAGCGCACAGCCAGGGUGGCUUCUCCCCCGCGAGGAACAGAAAGCUGUGAACAGGCCGGGCUGGCGGGCGGGGCGGGCACCGCUGUACUAAUGCAAUAAACAUGUUAUCUGCCGAAACCGGACUGACCCACAGACAGCCGCUGGCUCAAGGCUUUGCUGCGUGGCCUUGGGCACCUUCCUAGAAGUUUCAGGACCGCGGUGGGUGUCUCCUGCCUGCAGACGAUGUGAAUUCUGCGGGGCCUUUGAGAAUACUGACAUGCUCAAUAUAGUCUAAAAAAUGUAAUUUCUGGGCAAAAUGAUGUGAAGAAAAUAAACUGGGUGAUGUGGAAAAGAG